AUGAUGCUACAAGAUGUGACUGAUCCCAUGCUCUGUAGAGUGUUCCCUGUGACGUUAAAAGCAUCGGCGCAAAAAUGGUACUCAUGUCUUAAGGCAGGGUCAAUAAGUUCCUUCUCCGACUUAGCAUCAGCGUUCAAAGCAAGGUUCAGAACAAAUAUCCCCAUGCAGAAGAGUUCCAGCGACUUAAGGAAGUGCAAGCAAGGAGAGAAGGAGACCCUCAAAAAUUUCGUAGAAAGAUUCAACAAGGAAGCAGUGCAAAUCGAAAACCUGAAACAUGACACAGCCAUCGAAGCAAUGAAAAUGGGAACAAAGUUUGAAGAACUCCGUGACAAGAUCCUGAUGAAAAAGCCGACCACCUUUCAAGACUUAAUGCUGAUCGCUCAUAAAUAUGUGGAACUAGACGAAGCCCGAAGAACCCUCACGAAACAACAUGAGCACACCAAGCAGGAUAGUUCCAGAUAUCGAGGGAAGAAGGAGGAAGAACGGCCACAGACUCAGCGAUAUGGCGCAGGGCAUAGACCCUACGAUUUCACCCCGUUGAAUAAAGCCCCAGUAUACAUACUCAGCUAG